AUGGAGAACGACACUGCUGACAAGACCAUACAACGAGCUUGGGCUCGAUUUCGUCACGAGCGAGAGGGUUCUAGUGACUUCCUUGUAUUACUUGAAUCGAGAGUACAGGGAUCGCAAAUAAAGAUACGAAGCCAUAUUAUGACUUCUUCCCAGACGACUGCGCUGAGGGAUUUGGCUGAGCAACGUAACCGUAUGCGGAAAGCAGCAUUUGGCAAGAAGGUUGCUACUGACGGCGUGACCACUAUUCAUAUCAAAACGGAGCAAGACACAACUGAACAAGGAAUGUUCGUGGUCAAGUUAACCAAAGCAACUGCCUUACCCAGCGUGACUGUGAAUGGGACGUUCGAGCUGGAACUACGAGCGGUAGCGUCUGGGUUGGAAAGAGUAGCAAAAAGACGAGAUGAAAUCCUUCUGGAAAUCGAACAUUUUAACCAACAAAGAGGAACAACUCUAACCUGGGAUUCAAUUAGGAGUCACCUGGAUGCAAUAGAUGAAGAGAAAUGUGUAUUAGAGAAAAUUGGAAAAUCCCAGAUGGAAUGGACAAAAGAGGGAUACACAUUUGCGAGGCAAGCGAAUAGUCUUGCAGAAGCAGCUCUAGCAAAUGGCUAUGUGCCAGUGCUGGAGAAAAAGUCUGCCACAGGAGAUUCUGGGCAACAUCCUAACAACGAAGUCCCAGUUUCGACGGCUCGCCAGAAAGCAUUUAUUGACUCACUAAUAGCAUUUGGAGGAUGGUUUUGGUGA